AUGUUGGUGUCUACCACUAGUUACAUACAGUUUGCAUUGGAAUUUUUUCUCAUUGUCUUAAUCCAUUUCACUCAUUGCGCAACGCAGCAGAAACCAGUAAUGGCUAAUUGUCCAAGUUAUGGUUCAGUUUCUCAUGGAUUCUUCUGUCUUGGGUUAAAUAAAUUGAAAUCAUUUAAGACUGAGUCAUGGAUAAGUUGCGCAAAUGAAUGUAUGAGGCAUUCGGUUUCAUCAAAAUAUAGGAAAUGUAAGUACUGGUCUUGGAAAGCAACCGAUUUUUUGUGUACCUUAAAGUCAAACUCAUCUUACUGCUCAACAAGAGACGAUUCAUAUGUAUCAGGAUCAAUACCUACAUCAAUGGUUGGAUACUGCUCUACGACAUGUGUUGUGGGUGAGUGGUCACAAUGGUCAUCGUGUACUCAUUCAAGGCCAUGCGGAGGAUAUUCUGAGCGUACGAGAAAUGUAAUUUUUUCACCUAUGUUCCCUGGUGAAAUUUGUCCAAACAAGAGUGAAUUAAGGUCAUGUAAGCUCGACAAAUUACGCUGUCCAACAAAUUGUCCGGACUAUGGAAUUGUCACCCUAGGAUGGGGUUGCAGUGCGUUUGAAAUUCCUGGUGGUGGUUCAAAACUUAUUCAAAAUAUUGAUGUUAAAAAAUGUAGAGAUGAAUGUAUUCAUAAUAAGGACUGUGUUUCCUGGUCACAUGGUAUAUGGGAUCAAUCAAUUGGCGAAAGAAGUAUUUUCCCCAAAAUAGAUGUGGUUUCUAUUGAAGAUGGAGUCCCUGUUUGCGUCAACGUUUAUAACUAUAUAGGAUGCUUUUUUAAACUUGAAGGCUGGAUUUCUGGAAAUUCUGAAACAAACAUCUAUGAAAAAGCAUGUUCAUUAGAUUGUGUUACAUCAAUGUGGUCAAAUUGGUCAAAAUGUACCCCUAAUCCAAAUGAUAGACAGAAUUAUAAGAAAAGAUAUAGAUCUAUAAUUACGAAAAAUAAUGAGAGUGGCUUGGAAUGUCCAGACCUCCAAGAAAAAUCAUUGUGCGAUGAUAUAUCAGAUUAUGACAACUUUAUCUCAUAA